UUUUUCUAGUUAUAUGAGCUCUAGUAUAGUAGGAUGAGAACGGGUUUGGAUAUGGAAUUUUUCCAUGAAGAAAGAGAAAGAGGGUCCAUGUUAUCAUAUGGAGGGCCAACAUGCAACAGUAAACCCAAUGGGUUUGAUUUAUAUGCUUUAUUGACUGAUUUCCCUCUCGCUCAUCUGCAAACAAAUUUCCCUUUCCCCCUUUUUUCCUCCUAACAAAUUUCUCAAAAAUUUGGGCAGUUUUCUCCACAUAUUUUCACUAACUUUCUCAAUUCGGUAAAUCCGGUUUCUGGGAAGAUGCGCGACGCAUUUUUGGGCAGUUUUCGUCUCAGUGUAUAGAUGUCGUAUUUGAUCACUCGUCGUCGGAGUGUGACCAAUGUGACCAAUGAGCCUACACCCCUUGGUGAGCCUGCUGCUACGGCGUCCCAAGUGCCUAUCUCAUUGACGUCAUCAGUGUCGGUUGAGCAGGUCAGUGCACGGCGGCCUCACCGGCGCCGUCGCGAGCCGGAACCUUUUGAUCACACUUCCUCGGCAUCCAGAGUAGAGGGUGAGGCCUCCCAGCCAGCUAAAAAAACCACCAGGGGACCUAAUCGAAUGUUGAAGCAGUUAGAGGGCGCACGGCAGAACGGCUCCAGGAUCAAGAUUGUGUAUGACCCGCGACAUUGUGGAGCGGCUACCUCACAGCAUCAUAGCGGCAUCGCUACUAGUUGUGGUGUUGUUAUUCGAGAUAAUUGUCCCUUUCAGCGGGGGUCUUGGGCAAAAAUUCCCGAGGAGACGAGGACAUUAGUGCGAGACAGGUUGUCGUGCGUUUAUGAUCUUGAGGACAUAUCCCCUGAGGCUAUGGCCUACUUAGAGGGGACCUUAGCAACCCGAUACAAACAAUGGAAGAACAAUUUUCACAAGCUUUUUAAGCAAUGGAAUGAUCCGGAGAUUGCUCGUCUACAUGUUCCAAUGGAGUUGAAGGACCGGCCAGAGGAUUGGAAGUGGCUCUGCAAACAUUUUACGGACCCAAAAUUUGUGAAAAAAUCUAUUGCUGGCCAGAAAGCUCGGGAGUCAAAGACACUUCUCCACCAUUCUGGUUCAAAGCCCUUUUCGUAUAGGCUUGAGGCACGACGUGAGGAGGGUUCUAUGUUCCCAGAGAUCGACAUGUUCGAGGAAGUUUACGUUCGACCUAAUAAUGAGACCACUAAGCAACUUCAUGCUACUAUGGUGGAAAAAAAGAGAUGAUGUUCUCCACGAAGCAACAUCGCAGCUUCCCUCGGAGACUCCGAUCGAGGACAUCACACUACCUGAGGAUGUAGGUUUUCAGAUCAUGACUGAUGUCCUGGAUCAGAACUUUGGUCGUCGUCGUGGCAAGGUUGUUCGAGGUAUGGGGAAAGCGCGAGUUCGUGAGACGGGUGCCUCUUCUUCCAGAUCGAAAACAGUAGAGGUCAAUGCAUUGAAGGAGGAAGUGACGCAGUUGAGGGCCGAGGGUGAGCAGAUGAAGGUGCAGCUGAGGGCCCAGGAUGAGCGGAUGAAGGCCCAGGACGAGGAGGUGAGGACCUGUGUCGGGAGGGUGCAAGAACUUGUACAAGCCAUACAGAUGGCUGGCCUCCAAAUCUCGCUACCAGUACCUCAUCUUGCUCCACCUUCGACCUCAGACCCAUCUCGCCCUGCCGAUACCCAGUAGCUUGAUGUAUUAAACCAGUUCACUUGUAGUUUUUUUUUGGUUUGGACAUCUUGUAUGCACAUUUUUAUAUAUUUUAUAAUUAAAUACUUUUGUUUAAUUAA